AUGAAUGUUAAUUUAGAAAUGAUGAAUGAAAAAGAAAGAUAUUGUUUUACAGAAAUUGAGAUAAAUUUUCAUAAAGCUAUAGAAAAAACCAGAGGAAGACAUGAAAGAAUAGAAGAAAUUUUGAAAAAAAUUAAUGAAUCAUCUUUAGAUGAAAAUGAAAAAAAAUGGUCAAGAAAAAAAAAUAUUAGCAAAAAUUUUGUUACUGCUUUGGAAUUUAAACUUGGAGAAUAUUCAAAAGGCAUUAUUAAAAAUUCAAAAUUAACUUCUUCUUUAUCUUCAGAAAAGUUAAAUAAAAAUAGAAAGGAGUUUAAUAAAAGAAAUAAUACAAAUGAAAGUAAUUUCUUUUUAUCAAAUUUAAAAAAUAAAAUAUGUAAUGAGAAUCAAUUGAAAGAAUUGGUUAAUGAAAUGCUUCUACCAAAUUUUAUUAAUAGGCAUUUGAUGUUUAUAGAAAAAGAAAAAAUUGAAGAAAUUUUAUCAAAAUUUCAACCAGCUGAGGAUGUUGUACCGGGACAAUCGAGUGAUCCUUUUACAAUUAUUUUAAAAGCAUUACAUAUUGAUCCAGAUCAUUUAUGGAAAAGUUCCCCUGUUGAAGAAAAGAUAUCUUUUGUUUUUUCAAAAGGAAGCAUGAGUUUAUUUGGAGGAACAAUAUUUUUAUAUCAAUCAAAUGUUAUUGAGGAUAUAAUAAGAGUUGGACUGGCUUUGGCACUUCAAAUAGGAAUACAGUGCGAAGAGAAUCUUGGUCAACUUCUCAGUUACUUUUCAUUCAAGAUGGGAUUUCCAUCUUCAAGAUAUUUUGGAGGCAAAAUAAAAUAUUCUUCCAGGUUUGAAAGGAUAUAG